GCUAUGUUUUGAUGAUGUAUGAUUUUGAUGACAAUGUUUAGGAAUAAGGGCACGAUGCUGGUUCGACUGCUGCUUUUAUCGUCAGUUCUGUUGAGCUGCAUAAGCAAUGGGAGUGGUGGGGUGACCAGUGGAUUUGUUCGUAACGAGUUUCCGUCUGUUGAUAUUCCCCUCGACAAUGAAGUUUUUGCUGUCCCUAAAGGUUACAAUGCACCACAGCAAGUGCACAUUACACAGGGUGACUAUGAUGGGAAGGCUGUGAUUAUUACAUGGGUAACGGCUGAUGAACCGGGGUCCAACAAAGUUAGCUACGGUUUGUCAGAGGGAAAAUACGAGUAUACUGCAGAAGGGACAGUACACAACUAUACCUUCUACAACUAUACGUCUGGAUAUAUUCAUCAGUGCUUGAUAGAUGGUCUUCAGUAUAGCACAAAGUAUUACUACGAGAUUGGGGAUGGUGAUUCUUCAAGAACGUUUUGGUUUCAAACACCACCGCCAAUUGAUCCAGAUUCUCCUUACAAGUUUGGAAUAAUUGGUGAUCUCGGUCAAACAUAUAAUUCUCUUUCGACUAUUGAGCAUUGUAUGCAGAGUGGUGCUGAGGCUAUCUUAUUUGUUGGAGAUCUUUCUUAUGCUGAUAGAUAUGAAUAUCAUGAUGUUGGUGUUCGCUGGGAUUCAUGGGGUCGUUUUAAUGAACGUAGCUCAGCGUAUCACCCAUGGAUGUGGUCAGCUGGAAAUCAUGAAAUAGAGUACUUCCCAUAUAUGGGGGAGGUUACUCCUUUCAGAAAUUAUCUUCAACGAUAUCCUACACCUUAUCUUGCCAGUGAAAGCAGCAGUCCUCUCUGGUAUGCCGUGAGACGGGCGUCUGCUCAUAUUAUUGUCCUGUCCAGUUACUCUCCAUUUGUAAAAUAUACACCUCAGUGGGAGUGGCUUCAACAAGAAUUGAAAAGGGUCGACAGAGAGAAAACUCCUUGGCUUAUAGUCCUGGUGCAUUCUCCGUUAUACAAUAGCAACGAUGCUCAUUUCAUGGAGGGCGAAAGCAUGAGAGUCGUCUUCGAGAGCUGGUUUUGUAACUAUAAAGUUGAUGUUGUCUUUGCUGGUCACGUCCAUGCAUAUGAAAGAUCGUACCGUAUAUCGAACACAAGGUACAACGUGUCUAGUGGUCCUGCCUAUCCUGUACCAGACAAAUCGGCUCCUGUUUACAUAACUAUUGGCGAUGGAGGAAACCAAGAAGGUCUUGCUUUGAGGUUUAGGGAUCCCCAGCCAGAUUAUUCCGCAUUUCGCGAAGCAAGCUACGGGCAUGCGACAUUAGAUAUAAAAAACCGGACACAUGCUUUUUACCAUUGGAAUAGAAAUGAUGAUGGAAAAAGAACACCUACCGAUGAAUUUGUCCUGCAUAACCAGUACUGGGGAAUGAAUCGUCGAAGAAGAAAGCUGAAGAAGAACCAUCUCAAUUCUGUGCUAUCCAAUUUGCCACUGAGUCUGAUAUUUUGAUGUGGAAAAAACGGAGAUGCCGAUCGAUUCUUGUUCUCUUAUUCGGAAGGGCUUGUUGUACUCGUCUCGGAGGGAGUGUGCUACUUUUGUUUAAUGUGGAACCAAUUGUGUGAUAAAAUAUAUGGUCUUUAAUUGGUGGAGAGACUCACAUUUGAUGUAAAUAUCUCAACUUGUAUGUGUGCUGAAAUUGGAAAUCGGUGGCGUUUGAAAUGGCAUCAUCGCUUUUCAUGUGUCGUUUUCAUUAAUCAAGUUGUAAAACAAAAAUAAAUAUAUCCUUACAUCGCGUGAUUAUAAUGAAAUGAAAAGAUGCAUUAGGGGAACAAA